AUGCCGACGAACCCCAGCUUGAGGGUAUCCGCGACCACAGUCCCCGAAAUUCCCAACCGUGACGCCCAGUGGCCAGCGCCAGCUGCCGUCAUUAAAAUGACUGCAGAAUCCAUUUCUGGAGCGUUCUCACCAAUGCGAGAGCCUAUUCCGCUUUCCACCUUAGCCACGGAUAUCACUGCCCGCAUAACAUUGCGCACGUUCCUACCCAGCGCAGACGGUGAUGUGAGACUCAACAAUUCACAAAUGACUGCGAUCAAACAUGCCUUGGAGCAUCCCAACGAUACCAAUUCCCCAGAGGCAUUGGUAAAUAGUCAGUCUUCCGACUGGAGACUAUACGACGUCCUGAAAACGGCUCGUGUAUUGAGGGCUCAGAUAUGGAAUGGACUGGUGGACGAAUCGGAGCAGCAGGAUUUAGGAUUUUUACGACGCUGCAAGCAACUUUGGGUUACUAGACCAACUGAGGACAACGUGGAUUGCACCAGAGACCUUGAAAGGGGAGAAGAAUUGUAUGAGGGGGAGAGAAUGGGAUUAGAGAGGGUAGUAAAGGCGGUUGUGAAAGAAGUGACGAGGGAGUGUGAAUUAGUGGCUGUAACGACUCCGGGCGGUGGAGACGUAGAUGUAGAACGUGUUUGGAUGGUCAAGUUGAGACUUGUGGUGCCACAUUCUUCAAAGGCACUAAAUCGACUGAUGAUUAAUGAGUCUUUCAUCGUGCCUCAAAUCGGACAAAGUGCCUAUGUAAAUGCACCCAAUCUUCUCGACUUCGACGAGCAAAAAAGUGGUACAUAA